CUAUCAUAUGCAUGAAGAAAGUAAAUAUAACUUCUUGUCAAACUUCUAUCUCAAAACAAGGGAGCACAUCCCCUAAUUUAGGAGCUUAGACAUAGUACAAUUGGAAAACCUUGAGGCCUAUACUUUCCAUUCAUCGAGCUAGUCAAAGCAUAGCUUUAGCUUCAGGACAUUUUCCUCACGUUGUCAAACACUCCCAACGCUUCCUGCUCUUCUUGCAACCUCUGUCUGUCUCUGUCUCUGUCUGUGUCUGUGUCUGGCUCGAGGAGACCAUCAUAACCAUCAUCCGCACAUGGCAAAGCGACUCUGCUCCGAGCUAUUCGUCAGCAGAUUGUCGUUCUACACCACGGAGGAAGGGCUGAGACGAUUGUUUUCGCCAUUCGGUUCAAUUAAGGAAGUCAGGUUGAUUAAAGACCCGAGUACUCGAAGGUCCAAAGGUUUCGGCUUCGUUGCUUACGAGUCCGAGGUCGAAGCGGAUAGGGCAUUGAAGGCCUUGAACGGAAGGAUUGUUGAUGGAAGGCUGAUAUUCGUGGAAUUUGCACAAGCUAGAGGGCCUGAAAAGGCUGCCGACUCUCGUGAAGAUGCAUCAGGCUAGUAUUGAUUGAAGAGUUCCUUCCGAGGCACCAAAAGGAUAAUGGAGUCGCAGAUCCUUUUCGCAUAAAUCUCCAGUAAAGUUUCCUGACGUGCUAAUAAGAGCAAAAAAGAUUAGGAUCUGAUGCUGAUAGUUACAUGUAAAAGAUUAGGAUCUGAUGCUGAUGGUUACAUGUAAAAGAUUAGGAUCUGAUGCUGGUGGUUAUAUCGACCUUCAAUGGGACUCAUUCACUGCAGUCAGGUUCUCAGGUUUUCGAGACAAAACUUGAUUGCAAUGUGCAUUAUUUCUUCGAGAA